AAAAUAUUUUAAUAUACUAAUAGUUCUUAAAUUGAUAUAGCUGAAGGUAAUGUUUACACCAUAAUAAUGAAGAAUCGUAAAAGAACAUCUUGUGAGGAUAUAAACAUUUCAAAUAUAAAAAAGUCAAAAAACGUAUUAGGUGAAGUAGAUCAAAAUAUUGAAGCUGCACACAAUAAUAAUAAUCGGAAAACAAAAUAUCAAGAAACUCAGGAUGAUGAAAAUGAUAAUGAGAAUAACGCAUGUGGAGUUAUUGAGAAAGUAUUCGUACGAAAUUUCAUGUGUCAUAAGUCUCUUGAAAUAAACUUGAAUAAAAAUAUUAAUUUUGUGAUUGGAAGAAAUGGUAGUGGCAAAAGUGCGAUUCUUACAGCACUGGUGGUUGGACUUGGAGGUCGUGCUACGGAUACUAAUCGUGGAAAAUCAAUAAAAAAUUUUAUAAGAACUGGUCAAAGUAUAGCUUCGAUAGAAAUAGUAAUAAGCAAUAUGGGAUUCAACGCAUAUAAUCCUACAAGUUAUGGUGAAAGAAUUUCAGUUGAACGAAUACUAACUCCAAAAUCUUCGUCCUACAAAAUUAAAUCAGCUGCUGGUCGAAUUAUAUCCCAUAGUGCUAAGGAAGUUGCAAAAAUAUGUGAUGCCUUAAAUGUACAAGUGGAUAAUCCUAUUUGUGUGCUAAACCAAGAUACUUCCAGAAAUUUUUUAAAUAGCAGUGAUCCAAAACGAAAGUAUUUAUUAUUUAUGCGAGCAACAAAUUUAGAAAAUAUAAAUGAUUAUUAUAAAAUUAUUUCGAAAGAGCGUCAAGAAAUCGAAGAAAAACUACAAGAUAAAAAGAAGACGUUUGAGGAACUGAAAAGUCAAAUGAAAAAUUGGGAGAAUAAGUUAACAUUAAUUGAAUCAUUGGAUUCCCUACAAAAUGAAUUAGAAGAUUUAGAACGUGAAUUAUUUUGGUCAAAAAAUAAAACCAUACAUGAUGAAUUGUUUGAAAUACAAGAAAAAAUUCAAAAGUUGAAUGAAAAACUUGAGAAAGAAAAGGAAAAAGCGAAAAAUUUUAAUGAGAAUGAUCAACAUGUUUCCGAUAAUAUUAAUAAUAUUAAUCAACAAUUGGAAGAAAUCAAAGAGGAAUUACAAAAAGUAGAAACUAAAUGUAAUGAUAUUCGAAAAAAGAAUCGUAUAUUAGAAGAUGCUUAUAAUAAGAAACAAGUUGCAUUAAGAGAUAAACAAUUCGAUGUCGCUAAAAAGAAAAAUAGUUAUGAUUCAUACGAUACUCAAAUAAAACAAAUUACUGAGAGAUUUGAAUCAAUGUCUGAAAAACGGGCAGAACAAAAAAGAGAAAUUGAUCAGAUUAUAGAACAAUUGAAUGAAUUACAAGCUCAAUUGACUACAUCUGAAGUUGAAUUGGAACACAGGCGAGGUUCUAUUAGAAAUGUAAAAGAUGUCGAAAUGAAGAUCAUGGAAGAAAUUAAAGAAUUAAAUAAUUCAUUGGCUCAAAAGCAAGCUCAAAUUAAACAUCUAUCAAAUCAAACAGAUACGCUUUCUCUUUAUGGACCAAACAUGGUUUCUUGUGUACAAGAAGUUGAGAGAAAUAAGCAUAAAUUUACUGAGUUACCCCGUGGACCUUUAGGUCGAUAUAUAAAGUUGAGGGAUAAAAAAUGGACCGCAGCUGUUGAAUUAACUAUAAAACAUGGAGUGUUAAAAUGGUUUUGUGUUACAAAUUCUCAAGAUUAUAAAAUAUUAGAUGGUAUACUUUCAAAAUAUUUUCAAAGAGGACAAAAACCAUUAAUUAUUUGCAGCAAAUUUUUUCAUAAAGUAUUUGAUGUAAGCCGAAAACGAGUACAAUGUCCUGCAGGCUAUUACAGUUUACAGGAUGUUUUAGAAAUAUCUGAUCCGAUAAUAGAAAAUUGUUUAAUUGAUCAAAUUCGUAUCGAAACCAUACUAUUAACUCCAAACGACGAAGAUGCUAUUCGAUUAAUGUCACAUGCAGAAAAUGUACCUCCAAAUUGUUCUAGAAGUAUUACCUUAAAAGGUGAUUUAUAUUAUCCGGAUCCAGAUUAUCGUUCUUAUGCUACGAAAUUUAAAUCACCUACAUUGUUACAAAGUAGUACGGCCGAUGCUAUUCGUCAGUUUCAAAAUGAUAUUGAGGAGAUAGAACAACGGAAAGUAGAAUUAGAGAAUAAAAUUCGAAUAAAUCGACAGAAAAUUUCUAGUCAACAAUUAUCAUUAAAGGAACAUGAUGCACACAUUACAAAAUUACGUGAAAAUAAAAUAAAAUUGCAAAAUAAAAAACGACAAUUGGAAUAUCAAAUGGAUCCAGAGGAUAAAAAUGUCGAUACUUUGAUUAGUGAUUUACAAAAUUUUAAAAAAGAAUAUGAAGAAGCUAAAAGGCAAGAAAGUCAAUGUAUAAUUGACUGUGAAAAUUUGAAAAAAGACAUAGAUGAAAAUAGAACAAGUUUAAAAAAUGUACAAGUUACAUUAGAUUCUUUACGUUCAAGAAUGGAACCUUUACAGAUGCAAAAAAUGAUGGAAGAAGCGAAGAGGGCGGAAUUUAAUGCCAAUUGUGAUACAUUCAAAAAGAAGUUGAAUGAGAUGAAAAAAGAAAUCCAACAACAGAAGAGUUUAGAAAAGGAAGUUAAAUUAAGAAUAGCAGAUCAUUUUAAAUCAAAAAAAGGCGAAGAAAUUACAAAUCCAAGGAGUGAACGAGAAAUCGAACAGUUAAAGAAAGGAAUUCAGACUUCUAUAAGAAGUAUAAAUACCCAAUCAGAUGAUCCAGAAUAUGUGCGGGAAAUGUGUGUUAAAUGCAGAGAAAAAUAUGAUGGAUGUAAAGAUAUGAUGUAUAAAUUGUUAGAAAAUUUAGGUUUAAUAAAUAUUUCAAUAGAAAAACGAUUACAAGAUUAUCGUAAACUGAUUCGGCGUAUUGGUAACACCGUUGAAAAAAUGUUUCACAAUGUUCUCCGAUUACGUCAAUAUAAAGGUCAUUUAGAAAUUAAUCAUGAUAAAAGAGAAUUAGAAAUUCACGUCCAAACACAAACUAAUACCACAAAUAACGGUGAUACGCGUACAUUAUCAGGUGGAGAACGAUCCUAUGCAACCGUGGCAUUUAUUAUGGCUUUAUGGCGAAGUGUUAAAUUUCCAUUUUAUUUUAUGGACGAAUUUGAUGUAUUUAUGGAUAAAAUUAAUAGAAAAAUUAUUAUGGAUUUAUUGUUACAACAUGCAGAAGAAAAUUUAGAUUGCCAAUUUGUGUUUUUAACUCCACAAGAUAUAUCUAGUGUUAAAGCAAAACCACAUUUAACAAUUCAUCGAAUGGCAGAUCCAGAAAGAGAUGACAAUUGAUAGUAUAGACAGAUGAACAAAAAUUUUUUUUAAAUUUGAUGCCUUCAUGCUAAGUCAUUUUCUUAGUUUUAUGUGAAGUAAUUUUUGUACUACUAUUUUGGU